AAGUGAAUGUCAGGAAGUAAACAAACAAAUUGCGGUGGUGGGGGUGGAUAGCGGGAGAUGGACAGGGUGCUGCUCGGCCCUCGGGCCUCUGUCCCCCAGCGCUGCUUGGCACCUGCCCUCCUGCAGGGAUUCGCUAUCACUUCCCUGUGCACUGCCAUUGCCGACCCCAGCUGGCUCCUAGUGCAUGCCGGGAACAGCUCUUAUGUCUAUGGGGUCUCCUAUAUCCUUCACCAGGGACUCAGUCUGACCGCCGGCGAUAAAGUGCUGCACGUGACCUGGCUGUACCUCCUCCUUGUCAUGGCGCUCUGCUGUUACCUGAGUAUUCUGCUGGGAUCCCUCGUAUUCCUGCUCGACUUCCUGGACGUCAGGAGAGCUCGGCCAGUUGUAGUGAAGGUGUCUGUCCUGCUGCAUACUUCCACAGUUUUGUUGACCGCUGCAUCCGUGACUUCAUGUUCCUACCUGUAUAGGCUGCUCAUCCAGGAGAUGAAAUCCCACACCAUGGCAACAAUGAAGGGCUCUGUAGAAUUUGGAGAGAGUUUCUGUUUCGCAAUCAUUGCCGGGGUGAUGUCUCUGGCUGCUGCUGCGAUAAGUUUUGUUUAUGCCAGAAACUACAGGAGUAAUGCUAUUGUGGUAACCUCCAGGCUACUCACAGUUGAGACGUCUCCUUUACUGUCAGAGUCUGCAGACCCGGAUACCCUUUGGGAAUAUGGAUAAGCUGCAGCUCACUGUCCCUCUAAUUGCACUGAAGGGGUACCAUACAGUUGUUUUAUUUUAGUGACCUCUAAAUGUCUGUUCAGUAUUAUAUUCUUGUGUUUGUGAA